AUGUCGCCUCCAGGGGGAAGGAAGGAAGGCACUCCGUUGGAAGCUUUCGUUUUCGAGGCCGUGCACCUGUUCGACCGACCGACUGAUCAUAAUACAAUUCGAGGCCGGGUGUCGAUGACGACGAUGGCUAUCGCGACAGCUGGGGACGAGCGCCAGAUUCUGAAGCGGCUGUUUGAAAAAGAGACUCAUGUUUUUGCCCGAGGGCACGAGGGAUCUGAGACUGGAUCAAGAAUCCGGCCUGUGUCGGCGGCGGAAAAGGAGAAGGGAUGUCGACACUGCACUAUUGUGUAUCCGGAAGACAACGUUGUGAGCAUCUCGCAAAAGGAUUUCGGCUUUGACAAAGUCUUCGAGGCGGAGACGCAGCAGUUGGUGUUGUACGACUACGUCCGGCCUCACAUCCGUCGCUGUUUCAAUGGAUUCAACGCCACGAUCCUCGCCUAUGGCCAGAAAAGAUCUGCCCUAAAAAUAAACGAACUUCGGACGGAAUAUUGUUCGAGUUUUUCGGACCGAAGAGGGGUGGGCGUUUUUACCCAAUACGCGAAUCUCGCAGAAAAUUGGAUGCCCCGAGUGUGGGCGAGGGUUUUUCCCUUGUUUCUGAGCCCGAUGCUCCCACAUGAGUCGAUCGACGCUAGCUUGUUCGUUAUUUUCAGGAUGAUGUCUUGGAACACAAUGAUGCUGCAACUAUGGCGACACAACUCACUUAAUCUAACCUUGAGAUUAAAUGAUAUUAUACCGAAUUCGCUAUUUUACAGCAAGUGGGCUGUGAUGGAGAAAGUUCAAGGAACAUCAGGAUUUUUUGGUGGGAUACUAUUUAGCACGGGUUCGGGGAAAACGUACACCAUGGGUACCGGGUUCAAUCCGAUCGAGCGAGAAGAAGAGGUCGGGAUCCUGCCGCGGGCCAUCCAAGAAAUAUUCUCCAUCAUGAGUGAAGAGAGGAGUGUGGCCCGGGCCGCGGGUUUGCCUGAACCCGAGUACCAGCUCGGGGUGCAGUUCAUCGAGGUGUACCAGGACUCGAUUCGGAAUCUUUUGGCUGCCCACCACACGAAGGCUUUGAAAAGGACGAAAGAAACCAAGAUUAUGCGUCAAUUCAAAGCCGGCGAGGUGAGCAGCGCAGAAGCAGUUUCCGUGUCGACCCCCGAAGAAGUAUUGGACCUGCUCAGGACUGGAUGCUUAAAUAGAACAACUGGUCAAACUCAGAUGAACGCGUCUUCGUCUCGAUCCCAUGCCAUCUUCACCCUCAACCUUCUGAUGAAGAAAGACAAGCGUCUCGAGGGUUUCAAAGCCGAACAGCAACAAAGUCAGUCAUUGUCUCCUGUACAAGUGGAACAAGAGGAUAGUGAAGUGAAAUCCAGCGAUUCUAUGAAUGGUUCUGCUGUGAUGUCAACAUCGACUUCGUCGGAAAGCAGAUCGAAUGGAGAGGGAUUGAAGAUGGAAGAAGAGAAACAACUGGAUCAGCAGCAAGUGCCGAAUAACGAAGGCUUUGUAACUUUUGUUACCAAAUUUACUUUUGUGGAUUUGGCUGGGUCCGAAAGAGCGGAUCGGACCCAGGCCACGGGUGUAACAUUCCACGAGGGCGUUUCUAUCAAUACUGGCCUGCACCAUCUCGGCUCUGUGAUUGCCAGUCUUGCUCGAAACGCGGAUCACAUUCCGUAUCGAAAUUCCAAGCUUACCUACAUUCUUGCUGAUGCAUUUGGAGACAGCAGUCAGACGCUCAUCAUGCUUCAAAAGGAAAAUGAGAGACUGAGGAAAGAAAUUGAGGACAUUCGUGAGGGUCGGAAGAUUGUGAUUGGGAACGAGAUUGUGAAAAGUGACUUAUUCUUGGAGAGUCAAGUACACAUGGAACGUAUUCGAGAUUUGGAAAUCAGCAACGUUGCGAAAACUGCGACGAUUGAAAGCUUGAAUCGAGAAUUGGCCCAGUUUCGGUUGAAAGCUGCCACCACUUUGGUUUUAAGCAACGCUUCUGCUGAUUUUUCGUCUGGUGAAGAUGGAAUCGGUGGACUGUUGCAGCAACAAAUGGAGGAAAAUGCAACUUUACGAUCGAAAAGCUUUGAACUACAAUCCGCGUAUGAUAAACUGAAAGAAAAGUUCAUGAAUGUGGCGAAUCUUCGGGGUUUCGGUGGAGAAGACAUCUUCUGCAACAGCGUCUCAAUACCAAACUCUGCUUCCACUGUUGCCACAAAUCCAUCUACCUCGUCGUCAGUUGCAGCGGAAAACAUGGGGGUUGCUCAAGCAAUGGCUGUACUCCGGGGAGAAGUCUUAGAAGAAAUGAAGAAUGAAUUGGUGCGAGCGAGAGGUUCUGAAAGUGGGAAAGAAGGUGACGAAGAGAAGGCAGAUGGUGUGAUGACUGGCAGUACCUCCACGGAAAACAAUGGGUCUUCGGAAAGCAGCGGCGACGAGGAAGAUUCUGAAAUGGAAAACGGAUCAAAAGAAGCGGAUCAAGAAGACCAGGAGAUUCAGCAAGCCCGAGGAGGAGCAAUGAGAGUGCAUCGUCAAUUGGCAGCCGUUACUACGCUAAUAAACGAGGUGGAAAUGGCGGGCAUGCGAAUGACUAAAUUGCGUGACAUGUACGAGAAACACAUAGAAAAGCUGCGUCUGGAAAUCGCCAACGCAGGAAGUAAGAAGAGCGACGUUUCAGCGUCUCGUCCACCACCUGUACCUCCUAGUGCCCGAACUCCUAAAUCUCAGCAGAGUCCUCAGCAUAGUCUGAAGCCCUCAGCAUCUGUUCCUGCCAUGCCACGUUCUUCAGGACCGUCUAGUCUACCUUCUCAAACACCUCCUGCAGCCAGAAAGGCGUAUCCUAUUCGCAAAACAUCAUCCAGAUCAAGAGUUCCUCCAGAUUCGAGUCAAAAUACCACCCCUGUUCAUCAACCAAUGGGUGGAUCUUUAUCCAAAUCCCCGUCUUCGGCAUCAAUAGCAUCAACCUCAGUUUCGACUGUCGUUUCAUCUUUGGAGUCCAGUCGAGUUAAAGCUCUGAUGCGGCAAUUGAGUCAACGAAGUGAAGAGAAGAAGAGACUGGACUCGAAUUUGCGGGAUUUGUCGCGGAAAUUGUCUGACCAGCGAAAGGAAGAGGCGAGGAUGAAGCGAGAGUUAACGAGGAAGAUGGAAGAACUCAAACGAUUGACUGCUGUUGAGGCAGAAAAGAUGAGCAAGAAGUUCUCUGGGGAAAUUGGGCAGUUAGUGAAAAUCCGAGAAUUGCAGAACCGCAAAAUUUCCAAACUGGAACAAGAAUACACUAGGUCUAAAGAAAUGCUGAAGAAGAAGGAGAAUGAGUUGUUUUCUACGAAGAAGCAGGUGAAGGAACUGAUGAUUAAGCGUCAGAUGGAGGACAAAAGAGGUGGAAAAGCUGCGUCUAAACGGCCGAAAAAGCCAGCAACAAAAGAAUCGGUGUGGAAAGAAAUGUCGGAAAGUUUGUCAGAAAUCGCAGUGAAGCGGGGUUCAACACAAGCUUUGUGCCAACAGCUUGGCGUUUACAUGACGAGGCGGAACGAAUCUUAUCGGUCAUUGGAGAAGUUUAGGACGCAACGGGAUGAAACUCCAAACUUUGGAGAUAAAGCGGCGCUUGAGGCACGUGUUUCAACUGCUUCUGAAGAGUAUGAGUUCUUCUCGAAGACCAUUCAGGAAAUGAACGAACUCAUCGCUGCUGCUGAGCAAAUCGAGUAUGAACACGUUACCGGUAUGGAAGAGCAUUAUUUGAACCUGAUGGAAGGUUUCAAAGAGCCGCGCUUCUUCAUGGACCAGUUGAUGAAGAAGUGCGUUGCGCAAGCGACUGCUUUGUAUUUGCAGAAUCAAAAACUUGCCGACUUGAAAUGCGUUGUUGAAGAGCACGAAAAGAAUAUCGAGAUGAAGCAGCAAUUACUGGAAUACUUGUGCCACCUGCAUUCGGACGAGAUGGACGCCGAGGACGCCGAUGGCGACGAUUUGCCGGAUUUGGACUUGGAGGCGGACGUGGAUCUGGACUCCGAGUCUCUGGCUGCGAGCCGCAACAGGCUCUGGUUUUCCAGCUCGAAUACCGUGAGGGACAAUGACUUGGAAGAUGAUAAUCUCGACGAUCAGGCCACUGUCAUUCUCGGCCGGUCCGACUCCAUGGAUCAGCUUAGCAAGUCUCUGUCCUCUUCGUCGUUGUCAAUGCUUCUUCCGCCGCCAAAAUCGCGCCAGAAGACCAUAACUGUUCCUGAAUUGUUAUUUGGUGCCGGAAGUUCGGAUAAUUCGAGGCCAGAGUCUCCUGCUCGUAGUGGUCGAAAGGAGGACGAGGUUUCGGAGGAUGCCUAUGCUAAUCCGUUGUCGGAUUUUAAUCGGAGAACAAUGGCGGAAGAAAUUGCAGCGUUAGCGGCUAAAUCCAUGAAUGGUUCCGUUUACUGGCCUCCGGGUUCCGAAGCGAUGGGGAUGCAGUCCAUGGAAUCUUCUGCAUCUUCUCAAGCCUCAAGUUUGCCUUCGAAUCUGACAGAUUCCAUGUAUGAGGACAAAUCUACGCCAUCUUCGCGCAUGUCCGUGAGUCAAGCGAAGAAUGUUUUCCAGCGUCUCUCAUCUGUUCCUGGAGCAACCCCGGUUGUUCCCACGAAGGGUUCCGUGUUGCCCUUUGUACCUUCCCUCGGAUCCUCGAAUAUGUUUUGCGGGGGUACCAGAAGAACGCAAUCUAGGUUCGGGUCCCCGUCUUUGGGUUGCGAAUUUGUCGCCACGGGACACGCGGCCGCUGUCAAGUCCAUUUGUGCCACUGAGGAUUUGUUGCUCUCUGGCUCAAAAGGCAAGUUUGCUAUGACUAUUUUGAGACAUUGCACUGUAAAGGUGUGGGACUUGAAAACGAUGUCAGAAUUGAUCUCGUUCUCUCACCAAAGAUCAGUGAAAUGCGUGAAAAUGUGGCCUGGAAUUCCAAAUACCGUGAUUGCAGCUGCUGGUCCUCUCGUCAGGCUGUGGGAUUUACGUUCUGGCGUUUGCACACGGACAUUGACAUCUCAGGGUUUGGAAUGGGAGCCAGGAACCAAUUCCAUGACGUCGAGCAUGAGUUCGUCAUCUGGCGGCCAGUUGACCUCAUCCAGCAUGGAAGAGGUGACAGCACUGGAGGUCUUGGAUUCGCCGAACCCAGUCUUAUUCGUCGCUGCGGGGGACCGUGUUCGAGUUUGGAACCUGUCAACAGCUGUCUAUUACCUCCUCGCGGGUGGUGGUGCUCAAAUGCUGGCGAGAUUGUUUGAAUGUGACGUCCAAGGAAUGAGUUCGUUGAAUCAUCCUUUCAACAAAGGCGUGCGAUGUUUGGCCGCCUGUGCUUGUCCAGAUGAAGACGGCAUUAGUGUUGCCACUGGUUGCAAGGAUCACAUUGCCAGGCACACUGGGCUGGCUGUUAUAGGAAAUGUAAGUUUGCUGCGCAGCGAGUGUCUGGACGACUUCUUGGCGCACGAGACCGGCGGCGUCAAUGACCUCUGCCACAAUUCCUCCCUGGUCUUUUCUGCCUCUGAGCGGCAAGUUCUUCACUGGCUAGUCUUUUUCAAUAUUGUAGUGAUACAGAUCUCCGGGAUUUCGCUUCGUAACAUGCCAGAAUCAGGAGCGAAAAAGCGUCGUCCUGACCCCGAGGACCCCGACACCGUCAUGUGCAAAAUUUGUUUCAGUUUGUUAGAUUUCCCUGUGGAGUUUCCUUGCGGGAACAGCCACUACUUUUGUGCUCAAUGUUUGUACAAAAACUUGAAGAUUGAGAAUAAUGUGACGUGUCCAGUCUGUAGGAUCCGGGCGGGCGCCUGGUCCAGACGUUUUGGCCAACAGGGCAAGAGGGACUUUUUUGCUUCGAUCAAGGAAUUUGUCGACAUGGAUUUGCACGAGCAAAUCAAGACCAAGUUCCAGAAAGGGGACUCGGGAGACUGUGAUAGUGAUGAAGAGAUGGUCGUCCACCAUCUGCUUGCUGAACCAGGAGAAGUUGGACAAGAGUUCAAAGCUGAACUCGAGCGCAUCAGGCGUGAAGAGGAAACCGUCAGCCAGCAGUGCAUUCAAGCUUUACAGGCUGAAGAUGAAGAGGAAAUUCAGCGAAGGCUGUCUGUGGAGGCAGCUGAUGCCCAAUUGGCGGCUCGUUUACAGCAAGAGGAGAGUCAAACUGAAGCCCAGGUUACCCCGACGGCGAAUAGCAAUGGUUCUCAGGAUGGAGCCGUGAUUGGAGGGACGCCGCGAGGAAGGAGCGACCCGAAAAAGUCUGCUCUCAGAACACUUCGCCAAUUGAGCUUGAAGGACUGUGUUCGUCAGUUGCGAGGAAAAACGUCUAAUUCACCCGAGAAUGAAGAAAAUUCAGACGCUCGUUUCUUGAAUCGAUCUGCUUCAUCUGUUGUGAAAAGUACCUCGGAAUGGGCCCCUGCAAUUAAUGGUGCAUUGGAUCAUGGCUCCCGAAAUAACCUUGUUGUUUACGCUCGUCGCAUGCUUACAACGGUGCUUCUUCCGGUUCUAAAGCUCUGGAAACAGUUCCUUGUCUACUCGUCAAAGAGGCGACAAGUUCCGCGACAGUCGCAAUGUGAGCGAGACCGACUGCUCGCUGCCGAAGUCCAACGUGAGCUCAAUGGCAAGAAAGCCGCCGUACCAGCGCCACCACCACCACCACACCCAGCAAAUCUGGACCUUUGGACUUCCUUUUUGCACGCCAACUGCGCAAUUUGGCUUCAUCCAAGUCUCCGAAAUUGGCUGUGA